AUGAAUAUUGACAUUGACACAAUCAAGGCAUUACUGAAGAAUCAUCCAAGAUGCCACACUGUAACAGUGGUUCAGCUGACAGCUACCCAAGCAAGUGCUCUUAUUGAUGAGCCAGUACAUAGCCAAGAUACAGGCCUGACUCCAUUUCAGAUAUAGCUUCUUUGAGAAUCACUGGAAGAUGAAAAGGGGAACCUGUUUCAUUCUCAAGCCAACUAUAGGGCCAAUGAAGUUGGUGAGCAAGCACCUUUUCUUGGAGGUUAUUAUGUAGGGGUCUACUCCAUGGGUCUCCUUUGGUCCCUGAAACCUGAGAAGAUAUUAAUUAGACUAUUGAAAAGAGAUGUGAUGAAUAGCCCUUUGCAGAUCCAAUUAAAACUUUAUAAUUCAGACGUAAUGGUAACCCAUGUUGCCAUCACUACUCCAAAUGUCAGUCUGAUUUUGUAGAGGUGGUAUGUAGCACCUGGUAACCGGAUCCUAGUCAAAGAAGGCUGCCUUCAGGGAGCCUGCAUUCUCCCUCCAGAAGACGGUUAUUUCCCAGGUGUAAUUGAUUCAUUUGGUGGUAUUGGUGGACUGAUUGAAAUCCAGGCCAGUCUCCUGGCCAGUCAUGGCUUUGGUGCCAUGGCCUUGGCCUAUUAUAACUAUGAAGACCUGCCUUUCAGAGUGGAGAAAGUAGAUUUGGAAUAUUUUGAGGAAGCUGUCAACUUUGUCCUGAGACAUACUAAGGUCCUUGGGCCAGGCAUUGGGGUAGUCUCCAUGAAAGGAGCAGAGAUUGGCCUCUCCAUGGCUAUUCACCUAAAAGAAGUCACAGCCACCAUGCUUAUUAAUAAGCCCAACUUUAUUCUUGAUAUUCCACAGAUAUAUCAUGAUCAGAUAAAUCAGCCCUUGCCAUUCUCUCCUCUACUAUCCAUCAUUGCCUUAGGGUUAGUAAGGUUAUAGCACAUAUUUGAGGAAACUAGAGCUGAAGCCAGUGAGACUUCUUUUCUCUCCAUUGAAAAGACCCAGGGACAUUUUCUCUUCAUUGUGGGAGAAGAUAAGAAUGUCAGUAGGGAAAGCAUAUGCAGAGCAAGCACAGAACAUCUGAGGAGACGUGGGAGGAACAACUGGACUCUGCUGUAUUAUUUUGGAGUGGGCCACCUGAUACAGCCUCCCCCCAGCCCCAACCCGUGCUGUGCCUCCAGGAUCUCUAAUCUCCACUUCUCCAUGCACUGAGGAGGAGAUCUUUUCCCACACACAGCUGGACAUGAACAUUCUUGGAAGGAAAUUCAGAAGUUUCUCAGGGAACACCUUAUUCCAGUUGUGACCCGUCAUCUCUGAAAAGAGCAAAUAUUCCUGGAAUAGAGAAGGAAUAAGAUGCUUUACCAGACCUCCACUUGAUUUUCAUGGAACAAUAGAACCAGGUGCUGACAAAUGGAUUUCUUAAAACCCAAAUUAAUAUGCUUUUUAACACAACAUUGUAAAUCAACUAUACUUAAAUAAAAUAAAAUUUAAAAUAUG